AUGAUAUCGGGUGAAAUCGAGAAUUCUAAUGUGCUAUUCGGCCUAAAGAAUCUUGAAAGCCUUAAUAUCGCUGGAAAUGACUUCCAUUUCACACAGAUUCCUUCAAGAUUUGGCAGUUUAGCAAGUUUAUCGUACUUAAACUUAUCAAAUUCGGGGUUUUCCGGUCAGAUUCCUGGAGAACUAUCGCACCUCACCAGUCUAGAAGUUCUUGAUCUUUCUUCAUUUUUCCCAUUCGAAAAUCGUGCAUUAAAACUUGAAAACCCAAAUCUAGACAUGCUUGUUCAAAACCUCACUAGGUUAAGAUGUCUUUAUCUAGAUAAUGUGAAUAUAUCAUCACAAAAAUUUGAUUGGAGCCAGAAAUUAUCUUCGUCUUUACCUAAUUUGGAAGUUUUAAGCUUGUCAGAUUGUGAUCUUUCAGGUCCUUUAGAUGAUUCCCUUGAGAAACUACAGUCACUUUCAAUAAUUCAUCUUGCUCUCAAGAAUUUAAGUGCUCCAAUUCCAGAUUUCUUUGCAAAGUUCAAGAAUUUGACAGUUAUGAAUCUUGCUUCUUGUAGCUUGAUUGGAACAUUUCCUGAAAAGGUCCUCCAGUGGCAGAGUUUAAAGAUUCUUGAUUUAUCAGCUAACAAGAAUCUUAAAGGUUCUUUACCAGAUUUUCCUAUGAACGGAUCACUUCAAAGUUUAGUGCUCAGCGACACAAACUUUUUUGGUGGGAUACCAGUAUCUAUUGGAAAUCUAAAGAAUUUAUCAAGCAUUGAUUUUAGCAGAAGCAAUUUCAGUGGAAAAAUACCUGAAUCCAUGGAAAAACUCACCCAAUUGGUGUCUCUAGAUUUGUCUUCAAACAACUUUAUUGGGCAAAUUCCAUCAUUUCAGAAGUACAAGAACCUUUCCCAUGUUAAAUUAUGGCGGAACGGUUUGUCAGUGCAAAAAAUACAACUUUCCAAUAAUAAUUUCGAUGGUUUACUUGCUAAUUUCACUAAUCCAUCGUUAUCUUCAUUGGAUACACUUGAUUUGAGUAGUAACAUGCUGGAAGGAGAAAUUCCAAGAUCAUUCUUUGAACUUAAAAAUCUUAGUGUCCUUUUAUUAUCAUCAAAUAACCUGAAUGGGACCAUAUAUACCACAGAGUUUCAAGGUCGUUUGAGCAACCUAUGGACUCUUGAUCUUUCGUUCAAUAAUUUGUCAAUUAUAACAAGUGAUAAUAUCAGCCUUGUGUCUCAACUUCCAAAGUUCUCAUCUUUAAGGUUGGCUUCUUGCAAACUUCAAAAGUUCCCUAAUCUAAGAAACCAAACAAGAUUGAUAAAUCUUGAUCUUUCAAACAACAUAAUUGAAGGAAAAAUACCAACUUGGUUAUGGGAAGUUGGGAAUGGAAGACUUUCUUAUAUGAACCUUUCUCAUAACCAUUUCAUCGGUCUCCAAGAGCCCUACAGUAUUCCCAGACUUACUGUACUCGACUUGCAUUCCAAUUAUCUCAGUGGGGUGCUUCCAAUCCCGCCACAAACUGCCGCAAUCAUCGACUAUUCAAACAAUCUUUUCAAUUCCUCACUCCCAGAAAGCAUUGGAAGAAACCUCAGCCGUGCAAUCUUCUUCUCAGUUUCUAACAGUUUACUCACUGGGGUGAUCCCAAAAACCAUAUGCAAUGCUUUCUACCUCAAGGUUCUGGAUUUGUCAAACAAUCGAUUAAACGGCAGCAUACCAAUUUGUUUGAUUGAAUCAAGUAUCAGUCUUGGCGUACUAAACCUGGGAAAUAAUAAUCUGAGUGGUCAAAUCGAGGGUAGUUUUCCCAGAAGUUGUGGUUUGAACACUCUAGAUCUACAUGGAAAUGGUAUAGAAGGGAAGAUUCCAAAAUCUUUAGUCAACUGCAAGAUGCUAGAGGUGUUAAACCUCAGGAAGAACAACAUAAACGACACGUAUCCGUGUUUUUUGGGUAACAAUACCAACUUGCGUGUCCUUGUUCUGAGAUCCAACAGGCUCCAUGGAUCCAUGCAUUGUAGUCAAAACCAACCUAAUAAUUGGUCAAAGCUUCAUAUUCUUGAUAUAGCUUUCAAUAAGUUAAGUGGGGUCAUCCCGAAAGAGUGUUUCUUGCAAUGGAGUGCUAUGAUGACCGAUGAGAAUGGAGAUCCACAAAGUAAGAAGCAUCUUAGCUUCCGGGUGCUUAAUGGUAUCUACUAUCAAGAUAAAGUUGCAGUCACAACCAAAGGACAAGAGAUGGAAUUGGUGAAAAUCUUGACACUCUUCACAUCCAUUGACAUCUCAAACAAUCAAUUUUCAGGGGAAAUACCAACCACAAUUGGCCAUCUCAAGGCAUUAUACAUUCUCAAUGUAUCACAUAAUGCAUUCACAGGCUCUAUCCCACCAUCUAUGGGAAAGAUGAGGCCGUUAGAAUCAUUAGAUAUGUCAUCGAACAAAUUAACCGGAGAGAUCCCAAAUGCACUCACAAGCCUUACAUUUCUUUCCGCCUUUAAUUUGUCAUACAAUCAACUGAGAGGAAAAAUCCCCACUGGCAGCCAACUUCAGACUUUUGAGAAUGAUUCCUAUUUAGGAAACCAAGGAUUGUGUGGGUUUCCAUUGAGCAGAAACUGCUCUAGUUCAACUAAAAUAGCAACAAAUUCCCAAGAAUCUGAAAACGGAAAUGAUUGGCAGUCUAUAUUAUAUGGAAUGGCAGCUGGGGCAGGAUCAUUAACUGUUAUUUCAGUCUUGUAUACUAUAUGGAAGAGUUAUUAUCCUACUACACGUAGACAAACAUGA